AUGGAGAAACGGAUCCUGGCGAGCAGCGCGGUACAUCUUCCACCCGAAUCGCGUGGCAUCGGGUUUGUAUUUCAAGACUAUGCACUCUUCCCACAUAAAAAUGUCCUUGAGAACGUCGCCUUCGGUCUCCGAAAAGCAUCUAAAAGAGCGAGGCGUGAGAGAGCAUUAGACGUACUUCGUCUGGUCGAUUUGACGGGACUACAGACGCGUCUACCACACCAUCUCUCUGGCGGUGAACAGCAGCGCGUUGCACUUGCACGCGCGAUUAUCGCACGUCCCAAACUCCUCCUUUUAGACGAACCCUUCUCAAGCCUUGACCCAGGGUUAAGACAGACAACCCGUGAAGAAGUCCGAGCACUCCUGAAAGCCGAAGGCAUCAGUGCUAUACUCGUCACACACGCACAAGAGGAAGCAUUAAGUUUCGCUGAACGGUUGGGAGUGAUGAAAGACGGAUCCCUUGAACAGAUCGGCACGCCUGAAGCGGUGUAUCGUUAUCCGAAAACAACUUACGUCGCUGACUUUCUGGGGCAGACGAACUUCAUUCACGCACACGUGAAAAACGGUAUCGCUCAAACCCAGUUCGGACGCGUAAAGGUGGACGGUGAAGCCGCUGGUGAUGUGCUUCUCUCUAUUCGACCCGAGUACCUAAAGAUGAUGGCAUCCGAUGUUUGGGGCAGUGGGGCAAAAAGCGGACGGGUCGUGGGGCAGGCGUUUAAAGGACACGAGUUCACCUAUCGCGUUGAAAUAGACGGACAAGACUACAUCGUCCAGACCGAUUACAACUGUCCCUUUCAAGUUGGCGAUAUCGUUAUGUUGAAAGCGAUAUCAGCCGUAGCAGUCACACCCUCAAACGAUGGUGAAGUAUAA